CCCUGGACGCGGGGACGUGCAGGCCGGGUGCCUUUCGAACCGCAGCUGGCCAGCUGCUGGAGGAAGCCGGGGCGCCCCAGGUACCCCUGGAUGCAGGCGCGCGUCGGCGAUCGCCCUCUAGCGCCCAGUGGGCGGGUCGGUGGCGGGACAGAGGCGGUGACCGGGGCGGAGCUGCGUGCCAGGCGCGCGGGGGUCUCGGCACUGAGUGGGAGCGAACCGGAGCGCUGCUGCAGCCGGCGGCAUGGCGAGCACCGCCUCGGAGAUCAUCGCCUUCAUGGUUUCCAUCUCCGGCUGGGUGCUGGUGUCCUCCACGCUGCCCACCGACUACUGGAAGGUGUCCACCAUCGACGGCACGGUCAUCACCACCGCUACCUACUGGGCCAACCUGUGGAAGACGUGCGUUACCGACUCCACCGGCGUCUCCAACUGCAAGGACUUCCCCUCCAUGCUAGCGCUGGACGGUUAUAUCCAGGCGUGUAGAGGACUUAUGAUUGCUGCUGUCAGCCUGGGAUUUUUUGGUUCCAUAUUUGCACUCUUUGGAAUGAAGUGUACCAAAGUUGGAGGCUCAGAUAAAGCCAAAGCUAAAAUUGCUUGCUUGGCUGGGAUUGUGUUCAUACUGUCAGGACUGUGCUCAAUGACGGGCUGUUCCCUGUAUGCAAACAAAAUCACAACCGAGUUCUUUGAUCCUCUCUAUAUGGAGCAAAAGUAUGAGUUAGGAGCUGCCUUGUUCAUUGGAUGGGCAGGAGCCUCACUCUGUAUAAUUGGUGGUGUCAUAUUUUGCUUUUCAAUAUCUGACAACAACAAAACACCCAGAAUGGGCUACACAUACAAUGGACCCACAUCUGUCAUGUCUUCUCGGACCAAGUAUCAUGGCGGAGAAGGAGACUUUAAAACCACAAACCCUUCCAAACAGUUUGAUAAAAAUGCUUAUGUCUGAAAGAGCUCUCCUGGAAAGCUGUGUCUUGAGUCUGUUAUAAAAGCGAACUGUUCACAAAAUGAUCCUGUCAAGGCCCUCCUAUAAUUAACACUUAAACUGUUUUUAAAAUAUGAAUUUGAAGAAUCUGUUGAUUAGAUGGAUAUAAAUGUUCUUACAGUUAUGUACUAAUCAUUUUGUUGUGGUUUUCUAUAAGAGAAAUAAACAGGCUAUUUACAUUUUAUACACUUAGAGAACAGAUAAAGCAUUUAAUACCAAAGAUUCAAGAAGUAUUGGGAAGACAGCCUUUUUGUAUGUUGAGGCCUUCCCUCAUUUCAUUCAUGUGAAACAGAAGUGUAUAAGGAAUGGUGUCUUGUAAAGUGUGGGCAGAGCUGGAGACUAUUCCUCAUAAGGUAUCCAAGUUAAAUAGACAUGCUAUUGUCUACUGUGUAGAGUUGAUGUCUAGAUCCUUACACCCAUUUGUCAGGACUGUCAUUCAUUAUGAUGGCUCAAGGAAGGGCUAACAAGGUCAACAUGUCAUUGCUCUUCAUGUGGCACACAAACCAUGUAGGCUUGUCUUACACAGAAAGCACAUUAGCAUCAGCUGAGCUGGGCAUUGGUGGUGGUUGACUCUGAAGACAUUCAGCAGUUCUGGGGCCUAUGUGGUGCCUGCCUCUCAGAACUAGUGAGCUCAUUUCUAGUGUGUCUCGUAGGUCCUCCAUAGGUACUAACUGGGUAACUAAGAGAAUGGCCAUUUUUCAAGACAUGAAAGUUGUUCUAGGGGUUUCUGAACAAAAAUAUGGAUUUAUUCCUCAAGUCAGCCCUGCAUAUCACAUGCUUAUGAAGGCAGUAAUUCUCUUCAUUGCCACACAGUUUAUGUGCACUGACACAUUCAUCCUUACCAUCAUCAUAUAUGGCAUAAACUUUUGUUAACCUACAUUAACAGAGCAGAAAAGGAGAAGAGAGAAUUGAAGUAAUAAGUCUAGUCCUAAAUGAGCCAGGACUUAAGCUGGGAUGGUGUAAGGUCAAAUAUCCAGUUUCAAGCUAUGGGUAAGAAUAGGUGCUGUGUUAUCUUAUGAAAUGUCAGGAAUGAAUCACCACAUGGGUGAUUACAUGACUUUCUUGAAGGGUGAACCACUGGAAAGGAAAAAUCACAUUGUUUGGAGGUGCUUAAUGGAAAGAAAAUGAAAUGAUAUGUUUUUAAAAAUAAAAUUAAAAUAAAAAAUUUCAUACCAUGUUAAUACUUGAAAUAUCUUUUUCUUAAAUGUGAGUUAGGUACUAUAGACCAUUGUGGGAACAGUGUUGUGUGAACAUAAGUUUAAAACAAUGUUUUUCUUUAACUGAAUUAGUAAAGAUAGCAAUUAGAUUACUGAAUGUAGAGAGAUGAGGAGAUGAAAGUGCAGACAUGUCAGCUGGGCACCAUGGAAGGGCAAUUUAAGGUCAUGGGCCAAAGAAAAGAAUAAAUCAGAGAGUAGAAAUAGAGAUUAAACUAACAGAUAAGGGAUUUGGUUUUGUGCCUUAGAUAUACCAACUUCGUUCAAAUACUGGGUAUGGUGCAAAGGUUAGUAAAUGCCUCCUCAGCCUCAGAAAUAAAAACGUGGCAGACACAGAACCUGGAACAGACUGCUUUAAAGCUAACUCUUGUCACGUUCUAGUGUUGUGGCCUUUGGCAAGUGACUUCCUAACUCUCGAUUUUUGAACAUCUCCAAGAUUGUAGGAAUGAGCACAUCUCAAAGUUUUAAUGGAACGAAGGGAGAAUAUAUGUUCAAAACAGAAGCAAAACCAAGUGGCGCGGUACCUGUCAAGGAAACGGGUGGAAAAGCAAAGUGAACCCUUUCACACAUGUGUUUCUGUAGGUUGCUUAUCUCUCAAUACAUCACAGUCUUACUAAAGCUUUUAGAAGCAAUACAUAACAAGGGAGUCUUUUUUACAUACCCUGGCUCUUGUGGGAAGCCCAAAGAAUUUAUUGAAGGUUUGGAACAGGCACUCAUAAGUUUGAGGUUGGUAGCCACAGAGACUUAUAGCAAAGUCAGAAUGUUAUAUGGCACAACUCAGUGUUAAAUGCCUUCAUAAAUUUAGCUCAGAAGUCAUCUCUAAUAAUCAGUCACAGUCACAUGGUGUAAUGGAGGACUUUACUGGCAAGGCAGACAGAGACCCGAACUUAACAAACCAUCUAGUUUUUGUUACUAUUUUAAAAAAUAGAGUACCGAUAGUACCACAAAUUAUAAAAAAUAUUUUUAAAAAAGGAAAAAAGAAUUUAAAAGAAGAAAAAACUCAUUUAUAUAUAAACCUUCUGAUCUUUACGAAGAUCAGAAGGGAAUAUAUAUAUUUGUUCUGAGGUAUUUUAUAAUAUGGGCUGGGUAUUAAAAAACAGCAUACACAUAUGAUUCAGUAAUGACUCAUGUUUUUCCUAGUGAUAAUCUGAUAAAAAGUAAUUGCCAUUUAGAACAGCUGCACAUCAUUCAUAAAAUAUCCAAGAUAAAGGUGACACCACAGAAAAUAAUCAGUUAAAUGCAAUAUGCUUACAGGGCUUCAAAGCUGAGUAGGAUUAAAGGUAUGUUAAGAAAAUGUUUUAGCAUGGGCCUAGCUAAUUGUUACUAUUCUUGACUUAUUUCUACAUGAAAAAUAACUAGCUUAACUCUUGAAAUUUCAGACUUCACUAAUUCAAUUUUAACAAGACAACAAUUUUAUAACAUGAGCAUGUCCGAUGUGACAGUAUAUAUACAUACACACAUACAUGCUCUAAUAAUUCAAACCAAAGUCUGCUAUAGGUAAAAA